UCCAUCCUUGCGAUUCCUUCAAUAUUGUGGUGCAUACCAUGCGUGUUAAACCUGUAUUUGGUACGGGAUUAAUAGUAAUGGAAAACACAAAUUCUAAAAUAAAAGCGUUUGAGUCUUUCAAUAACACUUUUAAAUAUUGUACUUAUGGAAUGGUUUUUUCCAACAUCUAUCCGAACAAAACAAAUAUGAAGAGAAGAUUAUAUUUGUAUAUUUUUAUUGUUUUUUGUACAUCGCCUUGUUUAAUUUCGUAUGCAUAUUCCUGUCGCUUCUAUAUAAUGCAACAGGAUAUGUUUAAUUUAACACGACAUUUGGCUGUGGGUAUUGUCAUCGGUUUAUAUUUAUUUAAAGUUUUGUAUUGUAUAUUGAAUACUAAUAAAUUUGAGAGUAUACUGAAUACUGUAUCAUGUGAUAUGAUUGAUGUCAAUGAGUUUGAUGACGGUGCUAAAAAACUCUACGGGUUGUUUUUAAAGAAAGCAAAACUUGGAGAACUCAUUUGGGCAUUGUUACCAAUAAUUCUCGGCUUGCAGUUCCCAGUAUAUGCUGGAAUCGUUAUGAUCCAUGAGAAUAUUUGGAAGGAUUAUCCACAACGGGAAAUGGUGCACGAGAUGGAGAUAACAUUUGCAAAAGAUGUAAAAUACGAUUCGCCAGUAUUUGAGAUUAUAUUUGUUAUAAGCACAGCCAGUUGUAUCAUAUUGAUACCAAAUUUCUGUGGACUGGAUGGCUCUUUCUGUAUUGCUACAACACACCUGGGUUUUAAACUAAAGUACGUGGGCUAUUUAGUUCGAGAAGCAUUUGAAGAUUGUAAUGAUAGUUUCGAAUUGCAUGUUAAAAUGAAACAUGCUACAAAAUGUCAUCAAAAGGCAUUACAAUUUUACAAGGAAUUACAAGACUUUUAUGGACCAUGGUUGUUAGGGAUUUUUAUUGUGACAUCAAGUUUGAUCGCCUUUAAUUUGUAUCAGAUGUAUAUUAUUCAACGACUCCAUCCAAAAUAUGUUUUAUUUGCGGUAGCAGCAAUUUUGCACAUGUAUGUGCCUUGCGUGUAUGCCAGCAAUGUGACGGAGUUUGGCGAAGAUUUGGCUACAGAACUUUACUGCGCUGCCUGGGAAAGAAAGUUCGAUAUCAGUGCAACCAAGUCCGUGAUAAUCAUGCUCGCCAAUGCUCAACGUCCCCUCAUCCUUACUGGAUGUGGCAUAGUGACCUAUAACAUGCAAUUAUUCAUUACAGUAAUGAAGAGCACUUACUCAUUUUACACGUUAAUUACAAGUACUUAAUUAGUGACAACGAAAUGAGAUAUUAGAGAAGUUAUAGAAGUACGGCGAACUAAAACAUGCAAUUACGCAUUUUAAAAUGACAACUUAUUCAUUUUACACAUUAAUCACAAGUAGUUAAUUAGAGUCAACACAUAAGAUGUUGAAGAAUUCAUUUGUGUUAUCACAAGUAGUUAACAUUAUUUUAAUAAAUUAAUAUGAAAAUAAA